CCUAGUAAAGGCUCCUUCUCCAUUAAUAAAGGUGUGCCAACGGCAAUCCGGAGGCGCCGCUUCCGCCCCUCGACGCAGCGGAGGCACUUCCGCCGAGGCCAUGGCGCCCAUGUCCCGCUCGCGGAGCCCACCGAAGACGCCGCCCUCGCGGCUGAAGCGGAGCGGCAGCUCGAGCAGCCCGUCCCCGCCCAGGUCCAGCCGCUGCAAGAGUUCCCGCGCCCGGUCCCGGUCCCUCGAUCGCGGCAGCAGCGGCGGGUUUCGUCAGCGCCCCGGGCCCCCUCACCCCUUCGGGCCCCGGCCCGGCGCCGAGCACUACGGCAAGGAGCAGGAAGAGUCGCUGAGGCAGAGGCGACUAAACGAGAGAGAGAGAAUAAGUGAGCUUGGAGCACCUGAGGUUUGGGGGUUCUCGCCCAAAGUUCCCGACCGGGACUCUGAUGAGCACACCCCUGCAGAAGACGAGGGGGGUGCAUCUAAAAAGAGCAGCUCCUCUGGUUCCAGCUCAGAAGAGGAGGAGAGGAAGAAGAAAAAGAGGAAGAAGAGGAAGGCUGCUUCAGGUGAGGAAGGGGGAAAGAAAGCCAAGAAGAGGAAAAAGAAGCACAGGAAAAAGAAGUCUAAGAAAAGAAAGAGGAAGAAAAGCAGGGAGUUGAGCAGCAGCGAAGACUCCGAUGGUGACCAACAGCAAGAGGGUGAUCUCUGGACUGAGAGAUUAAGAAAUGCAGAUGGGGCAGAUCUCAUAGGACCAGAAGCUCCCAUUACCCAUGCCUCUCAAGAGGAUCGACCAUUGAACUAUGGGCAUGCUUUACUCCCCGGGGAAGGCGCUGCCAUGGCUGAGUAUGUAAAAGCCGGGAAACGCAUCCCUAGGAGAGGUGAGAUUGGCCUAACCAGCGAAGAGAUUGCAUCAUUUGAGAAGUCUGGCUACGUGAUGAGCGGCAGCAGGCACCGGAGAAUGGAAGCCGUGCGCCUGCGGAAGGAGAACCAGAUCUACAGUGCAGAUGAAAAGAGGGCCCUGGCAUCUUUCAACCAGGAGGAGAGGCGGAAGAGGGAGAACAAGAUUCUGGCAAGCUUCCGAGAGAUGGUCUACAGGAAAACCCAGGGCAAAGAUGACAAAUGAACUGGAUGCUUCUUCUUGUGUACAUUGACAAGCGACACCUGUUAACAGCGAUCUGCAAACGGGUGUCCAGUGUCACAGCCCUACUUGCAGGAUAUACUCUGGGUUGAACUUCAGAAAAUGGUCUGUGUGUAUCAAAUAAGAACAUUGACAGGUGUAUGUGGACAGCCCGGUUUCACCAAUUUGCUGCAUGGUGUUGCCAGCAGCAGCAGGACAAUGGUCUAAAUGAAACAAGGCACGCUCUCUUGCAAACCUUCCCAAAAUAUUGCUAGGAAUCCAAUAUAUUGUGCCAGUUGGUGACUU